CCAGAAACUCACCAAUUUGCUCCAAGAGCCCACAUUGUCCUGAAAAAUGGGAGUUCCACGCAAGGAAAACGCCGAAUUUCGGCCAAUUCGCGUCGAAGACUGCGAUGAGUAUAAUAAUUAUGCAAACUAUGACCUGUCGGAAACCGACGAGCUCAAUGAGCACUCGCGUCGAAUUUCUGUGGAGCAACUCCACCCGAUGCGAAAUAAGACGGCGAAGAAGCUGAAAAUGGCCGGAAAAAUGGCGUUCCGUCGCCAUUUCGACGAUAUCGAUACGGACGGUGUCAAUGUGAAACGAAAUAUGGGAAUGAGAAAGUGGAGACGUGUGGAGCAUGCCCGUAUCAUGCUGACAUUCACGGAUCUCGACGAUAUUUGUGAGGAUGGAUCCGAUAUUGCGACGCCGCCGACUACUGCGUUCGAUAAGCUUUUCGCCGAUCGUGAAAAUAUGAAGCUCUGGAACGAGUUUUGUUCUCGUGACGAGAUGGAGCAACGUCGGAUCCUUAACGGAACCUCGAAGCUCCAACAAAAGACACCGGACACCCCGACGACUUCAUCCGGCUCCGCGAGCGGAAUCGUCACCUCGUGCAGUGGGAAAAGCCCGACGACGAAAAAGGCUGGAAAACGUUUCUCACCGUAUUCCGGAGCCGCAUGCUUUGAUCGUAUCGAUCCGAAGAGCCGAAUGGCGUUGCUCGGCAAGAAAGUCAACUGGGCAUUUGUCGACUUUCUGGAGCGAGAACUGCGCAACGUGUUCCGAAUCGACAACCGUAACCAACAGGACACUGAAGCCGUCUUCAUCGGCCACUAUCCGGCCUCUUCGGACCGUCUUUUGGCCCAUAUUGUGGCUCAAUGGCUUGGGCUCAGCUCGCAAAGUAUCACGGAUCCGAACCUCAACGAGCGUAUCACUGAAUUCCGGAAUCGUCGUCCUCUGAUUCCGCCGCAAACGACGCUUAUCGACCAUCUGGAGGCGAGAGUUAUGAAGCGAUGCAUCGAAUUUGUGCCAUUUUCGAUGAGAGAUGGUGCUCAAGAGGAGCCCGUCGAGCACGAUUUGGCAUUGGAUGUGGAUACUUCGUUCCUGCUCGCCGAGGAGAUCGAUGAGCUCAACAUCAGCACCGCUUCGGAGCCGGAUCGCAGUGAUUCUGAAGAGUCUUGGGAGAAGGUUCAGCCGUCGGAUGCCUAGAAAUUUUUUUUUUCUGCAUUUUUCGUGUUUUGCUUGUGUUUUUUUUAUUAUAGAUUUUUGACAUUUUUUUGUGAUUUAGGUCAAGAAAAUGACAAAUUUAUAAUAAUUUUCUUGGUUUUGGGCAGCUCCCCCCCCCCCCCCCCCGCAUGUCGUAAAUUUUUUUUUUUUUCAUUAUCCUUUUUUUUCUCAAAGGGACACCCAAUAAACUAUUACU